AUGACGGACACCACACGGUCCGCGUCCGCCAACAGCCAAGCCGCCAUAUGCCCCACCGACCACUCCAGCAUACUCCCGUUGAACUCCAAGAGCGAGCACAAAGUGCCCAAGCAGAGCUGGGAAUACGUCGUACGCAGUGGGACAGCGGGUGGACUAGCAGCCUGUGCUGCGAAGACUGUCGUUGCGCCACUGGACCGAGUGAAGAUCCUCUUCCAAGCCAACAACCCGCAGUUCCAAAAGUACACGGGAACAUGGGCAGGCGCAGUGCGAGCGAUCAGGGACAUCUACAGCGCGAACGGAACCAGAGGACUGUUCCGAGGCCACAGUGCUACACUUCUUAGGAUUUUCCCUUACGGUGGGAUCAAGUUCUUGACCUACGAACAGAUAAGAGCCGUAGUGAUACCCAGUAAAGAGCAGGAAACGCACGCUCGACGGUUCGCGGCGGGAUCUCUUGCCGGGAUCGUCUCUGUUUUCUGCACGUAUCCUUUGGAGGUUAUUCGCGUGCGACUGGCAUGGGAGACCAAGUCUACGAAAAGAGUUGGCGUGCGUGAUAUAUGUGGUAUAAUAUACAAUGAGCGUCCUCCCGCUGCUGCGCCUGCCACGCCUUCAACGGGUCUGGGGAACUUCUAUCGCGGCUUCACACCAACAUUAUGGGGCAUGAUACCAUACGCAGGAGCAUCAUUCCUGACGCACGAUUCGGCCGGAGAUAUGAUGCGACUGCCCAAGCUUGCGCCAUAUACCGUGCUUCCUCUCUCCGAGCGCUCGCAACGACAAUUAGCGCCUGGCAAACCCGCUCCACUACGAGCAUGGGCGGAGCUGGCCACUGGAGCCAUCGCUGGAUUCGUGAGCCAAACCGUCAGCUACCCAUUCGAGGUCGUUCGCAGGAGAAUGCAAGUCGGUGGAGUGGUAGGCGACGGGCACAGACUUACGAUGAUCGAGGUCGGGCGCAGCAUUCUACAGGAGCGAGGAUGGCGUGGCUUUUAUGUGGGACUCGGCAUUGGAUAUGUCAAAGUUGUGCCCAUGGUGGCUACGAGUUUCUAUGUUUACGAAAGGAUGAAGAUUGCGUUUGGGAUAUGA